AUGGCUAGCAGCAGUGAUUAUUUCCAUCAUUUGGCUGUGGGCACCACAGUACUCAGUUCGAUAACCGUAGCUCUGUUGCUAUUUGCUAUUCCGGCAAUUUACUUUAAAGCUGAACGGGAACGUUCCUUCGCUGCCGUAAAAUCAUCACGUUUUCGGGUAAGGAAGUUUGAUGAAUCAAAUCGAAUAUGGAACGAAAUGAAGGCAAUACAGGACAAUUCUGGGGCAGCUGUGGUUUUGCGUCAACGACGCUCUCGCAUGCAUAUUUAUGGUGGCGGCAAACAAACUGUGUGCUCCGAAUGCUCGCAACUUAGUUGUCCAACAGGACCAACUGGUCUUGCCGGUGCUGCAGGUGAGGAUGGUGUGCCAGGAAUAGCAGGCAAUCCAGGACCUCCCGGUGAUGAUGGCUAUGAUGUUGAACUUGCACCGGAGGAUGAGCUACCGGGCUUUCAAGGAGAACGUGGAAAUGCUGGAGAAACUGGUUCUCGGGGACAACCAGGACCACCAGGCUUGCCAGGAGAAGAUGGGCCGCUAGGUGCACCCGGCUCACCCGGACCUCCUGGCCCCAAAGGUAGCAGAGGACUCGCUGGCCAGCCCGGAGAUAUGGCUAUAUCUGGCAUCGGGAUUCAAGGACCGAAAGGACCCCCGGGACCAGCUGGACCUAAAGGGCCCACGGGACCGCGUGGUAAACCGGCAAAAGAAGGCGGUUUUGCAGGAAAGCCAGGUACAAUCGGUCCUAUCGGACCACCUGGACAAACCGGCAGACAAGGUGACGAAGGUCCCUGGGGACCACCGGGUGAACCAGGUCAGCCGGCAGCUUACUGUCCGUCGGACUGUGGUGUAUCGCAAAUCUACGCUCCGCCAAUACCCAGAGAUUAUUAA